AUGCGCGAUAUAUGCCGGAUUGUUGCAGACGGGGCGUCGGUAGCUGUGGGGGGCGGCCGGUUACUAACCACUGCACCGCGUUGGAGCUCUGGCAACAGCCACAACCGAGGACUGGAGCAUAGCGAUACUGCCAGCGAGAUAACAACAGAGAAAGAUAGCUGUCUGAAUACAGUGAGUAGUAAUGCCUUUAAGCCUAUAGCCAAAACACUGCAUUUGCCAUUGCAAGUAAGACAUUUUAUAGGUGCAUUUUGCAUUUCAGGAGAAAAUCAAGGGUCUCUUGAGGAUAUUUGUCUUUACAGUGACAGUCCUCUGUCUCUGUGUGUGUGUCUAUUCUGAGAGGCCUGCAGAGGGGGUCCGGGCAGCCGCUUGGAUAGCCUAGCAACUAACAUUGCAGGGUUUUGUUUCUUUGCACCAAAUGCAAAUUGGACAAAUGUAUUGUUCUCUGGGUAUGCAAUAAAUAACAAAUUUCCGCGUUUAAAACCCAGGUAAAUAAAUACAUUUUGUGAACAAUGCAUAAGAGUGAGGUAGCGCACCGUUCAAAGGCCUAUAACAGAAAAGGGUUUAGAGACGAGAAUAAAAUCGACUCCUCCUCGCACGAUAGAGUAUGUUGUGUUUAUGGUUGCUACAACGUAACCAGGCUUCUUUUUCUCUUCUUUUUUUAUUUUAUUUUAUUUUACAAUACAAUAAUAAAGAUUGUUGUAUUAUAAACGCUGGUGUAAAUUACCUUCUACAUACAGCCAUCUAUAAAACCGUUUACUGCAGGUGGACUUUCCGUUAUAGGCUAUUACCCAAUUGUGCAGCCCCGUGGGAUUUGACAGAUAGUGCUAUUCAAUGCACGCUCCUGGGAGGGCUGGUGCACGUAUUGUAUAUCGCUAUGCAAUCAUUUAUGAUGAGGCUGAAAGCAACGGAACAAAUGGGGAAAGAGGACCCUCUCCUCUGCUGGCACAGACUGAACAUUCAUACAUUAUAAGCCUUUACUUUGAAUGUCAUAGAAAUAUGCACCAUAUAGGCUAACCUUUAUUCACGCAACUCGAUGCAUUGGCUAUUGCUUUUUCUUUUCGUUUCUAAAAAGGUGGUGAUAGCCUAGGGGCUAUUUCUUUAUCAGGUCAUAGUCAAAUACAUAUUCCUCUGCAGAUUUCCACAUAUCCUGGGUCAAAACAAUAUUUCUGGUUGGUUAUCAGUGCCAGACAUCUCUGACGUGCUAAUAUGUGAGAUUGCUGUUUCUGUAUUUCAGAUUUUGCUAGAAAUGUAGCCUAGUAAAUACAUUGUAUUCCUAAAACAGCAGAAAGGCAGAUUUACACUCAAACUAAGCUGAGGGCCAGAUGUGUCCUGCCUGUCUGUGCUGCUUCUUUCAAGCAUCAGGAAAUUCUGUCUAAUCUGAGUGGAUUAUUGUGACAACAGAAGAUUGAAAGUUAAAAAUAAAAGACUCCUUCAACAUCAAACUAGCCCAGAAAGUGUAGUCUGAUACUGUCAACAGUAGGCACAAGUUAUAUUUAUAUUCCUGUAUUGUAGUGAUAAAAUCUUGCAGACAAAUACCUGUAGGCAGGCUUUGAUGAUGUUCUGUGACCCUGUGAGGAACCCUCAUCUUCUCGUCUGUAACAAAUUAUUUAUUCCUUGAAUGGUGAACAAUAGUAAUUUCUUGUAUUUUUAACCACAAAAUUAAUUUUAUGUUUUGCAGCAUUGCAAAACAGCUAUGAAGUUUGCUUAAUUGCUGCCCAGUUGAACAUCUUUACCAUGUUUUCUUCUUCUUUAGGUGUAGAGGAUGGCAGUGAAUGUGCACGCCACGUCUGUGUCCUGUGACACCUUGAGCCGACAUGACAUGCUGGCCUGGCUCAACGAUUCCUUGCACCUCACCUACACUAAGAUAGAACAGCUCUGCUCUGGUAUGUUUUUCUCCAGUCCUCCUGACGUCAAUGAUACCUUUUUUUUAGUUGGUUCCUUAUAUAUCAACCGACUCAGGCAACAUAGCCAUUGUUCCCUCAUCUCAUUUCCCAAAUUAAUGUAAUGAACGGGUCCUUUCCCCAUCCCAUUGGGAAAAUCUGGUUCAAAUGACGUCAUUACACUGGUUAUAAUUUGGUUAAGAUGACAUCAUUUCAACCAGUUUUGCCUGUCGGGAUGGACCUCAACAAACCCUUUCAAAUGAUGAGUAAUACGAUGACGUUUCCAUUGUGUUGUCUUAUAGCAGUCCUUUUCUUCCUACGUCUCAGGGGCAGCGUACUGUCAGUUCAUGGACAUGCUGUUUCCAGGCUGUGUCCUGCUAAAGAAGGUUAAGUUCCAGGCAAAGCUGGAGCAUGAGUUCAUACACAACUUCAAGGUUCUCCAGGCUGCCUUCAAGAGGAUGGGCGUUGACAAAGUCAGGCUAUUAUCUAUUUAUCAUCUUCUGUAAAGCAUUAGAAAUAAUGCAUAUACUGAAAAAAGUAGUGUCCGGAACAAAUCGUACCGAUUUGCACUUGUUUCAUUCAAUUGUGACUGCAGCCAUGUUAGGGCUUGCGGCUAGAUUUUUCAAUGGAAAGAUUGUCAUCUCUCGAAGAGCUUUCAAACAUGUAUUCUUAUUCCUACAGAUAAUUCCAGUGGAGAAGCUGGUAAAAGGAAAGUUCCAGGAUAACUUUGAGUUUGUGCAGUGGUUCAAGAAGUUCUUCGACGCCAACUAUGAUGGGAAGGAGUACGACCCGCUACAGGCCAGACAGGGACAAGAUGUGAACCCCGCCCCCAAUCCAGGUGAUCACUUUUCCCACAGACCAAAGAGAACUCAUGGCCCUCCAGGUAACCCAACGGAAUGGUUCUAUCUCUUCUGAAUGGGAUUGUCUCGCUGAUUGAGCUUUGGAUGGCUCAAAACACUCACAGCGCUCUGCAAGUGUUUGUGUGUGUAUGUGUGUGUGUGUGUGUGUGUGUGUGUGUGUGUGUUUGUGUGUGUGUGUGUGUGUGUGUGUGUGUGUGUGUGUGCACUGCACGAUCCACGGCAUUUUAGAAACAGUCAAGGAAAGGUAGCUCUGCGAGUGACUGUCGGGAUUCUUGUGAUCUCCACAGUACCUUUAGCAGACUUGAUGAACACAAAUACAUUAUUUUCUAAUCUUUAAAUACAUGUUGUUGUAGUGAUCCUUCAUUGAGUGAAUUGAUAAUUGUGUCACCCCUUUGGGACUCUUCGUACUAACAUAAAUGUUUUAAGCCUUGAUUAGACCUGCUAUGUGUAAAAGCAGCUUUUUUGUGCAUUGUCUUUUGGCAUUAAGGUUGAAAAUCAGUCAGCAUCAGUUCUCAAAAUCAAUAGUGUGUGUUACACCACAGACAAAACAUUAUGGUAUGGUUUCAACAUGGGUUCUCAUUGAAAUGCUGUAGUUGUAUCCAUAGCUUUGAUUGCAUGGGAUGACAAACAAUUAGUAUUUGUUUGCUAUGUUUACUAGUAUUUACUACUAUUUUGACUACAUUUAGUUUACUACUAUUUGUUUGAGAGUAUUUUGUUUACAUUUACUAUGAGUAUGGCUGGGAUUCAAUCCAAGGCGCGUUAUAGAGCAGUGCACUAGACAUCCGACAAUGCACCUUUUAAAGGCAUUUUCCCCCUCCAACGUUUUCCGAGAUCACUUUCACUGUAAAUUACCUUUAAAAGCUUGCUCUAUAACGCACCUUGGAUUGAAUCCCGGCCUAAAUGUUAUAACAGUAAAAAUUUACUGCAACAAUAAGGGCCCAAUUCAAUCUGUAUCGCAGAAGAUCCACGGUAUAGCGCGAUUGAAAGUAAAGGUCAUUUUCCGAUUGAGCCGACAUACACAGCGUUUACCGUGAAUGCAGUCGCUGUGAACGCGGGAACAUUGCCUUUAACUUUAGAUCGCACUAUACAACGGAUCUGCGACACGGAUUGAAUCUAGCCCUAACACUAUCUGAUUAUUCCAGGCCCCCAGAGGCACUCGCCCACGGUGCCCAAGAUCCUACCCACGCCUCAGAGGGUGCUGAACACCACCGUGCAUGUGAGGAAGGCCCCGGCCCUGGCGCGGAACGGGGGCACCGACGCGGAACUCAUGGAGCUAAAUCAACAGGUAGAGUCCCAGGGAGGGUAAGGAGGUCUUUACAUAGGAGAAGUAAACUCAUGGGCCAUACGACUGUAGUAUUGACAGUAUUCAAUACAAUGAACGUAUAUUAGUUAUCAGGUUUUAUUUACUGUAGAGUGGAGUCAUGCUUAGCCCUGAGGCAUGACCGUAGCCUACCCCCAUGUCUCAGGGCUAAGUCAUGCUCUGGUCUUUGGAAUGUGUGAGUGUAAGUUCAAAACUAGAGUUUGUAUCCUAAUUUCUUACUCAGUUGCCACGUAGACAAUAAAGAAGAUAUUUGGGGCAUAUUAGGAAACUAAAUGUAAGUAUAGUUUAAGUAUAGUAAGUAUGUUACUAACAUAACACUACUCAGUGAGUGCUACAUUGACAUUUUCAUUCCCUGUGUGUUUGAGACAACCUUUUCUUCUCUUCCCCUGUGUAGUUGAUGGAGCUGAAGUUAACAGUGGACGGACUAGAGAAGGAGAGAGAUUUCUACUUCAGUAAGCUGAGAGACAUUGAGCUGAUCUGUCAGGAACACGAGAGUGACACCAACCCUCACCUCUCCAGGAUCAUGGACAUUCUCUACGCCACAGAGGUACCUGUCACAACCACAUAAAUUCACUGUAUAUUCAAUGUGUUCAUAUACUUUGGUCAACACUGAAACUAAGGGCUUUUAUUCAAUCUCUAUCGCUAAAACUUUACAGAUUGCACAAUAGAAAUGUCAAGGUAAUUUCCAAUUGAGCCGACAUAAGCAGCGUUUACCGUGAAUGCCGCCUCCGCUAACGUGGGAACAUUGCCUUUAAAUUUCAAUCACGCUGUAACGCUGAACUUCCAUGGUACGGAUUGAACAGAGCCCUAAGUAAAGAAUAGCCAUCUUUUUUAAAACUAGAGAUAGCAAUUGAAAUUAGCUAUCCUUAAUUGGCUCUACCCCUCUCUCAUGUAUAGAAUAUUAACUCAUAUUAUUAUAAAGUAUAUAUAUGUGGGUUAUCAUCAACAUUUACUGUACAUUUGAUAUCUGUAUUUCAGGACGGCUUUGCUGCUCCAGAUGAUGACGAGAUUGAUGGACAGGCCCACUUGGACCAGGAUGAAUACUGAGCCUCUUAAACCUUCUGUCCACAUCCCCCUCUCCCUCCUGUAAACCCUUCUGUCCAUCCAUAUCCCCCUCUCCCUCCUCUA